UCAAGAAAGUUAAUAGGUCUGAAUCAAAGUACAUAUAUAGAUAAAAUCCUUGAUCGAUUUAGCAUGUCUAACUCAAAGAAAGGAUCUUUACCUAUGACACCUGGCACGGUUCUUUCCAAGAGCCAGAGUCCUUCUACUCCCGAGCAAAAGGAACUCAUGAUGAAGGCAUUUUGAGUCUCUUCUUCGACAAAUGUUCCCAAUGUUGAGUAACCAAGAAGCUGAUAGGCGGAGGAGAAUAGGCUUUGCUAAGUGGUUUAAGUUAUUUGCUGAGAGUUACCCAACACAAUUGUCGAAUAUGUUGCAUGAGCUUUCUCGUGGACCACUUUUACGAGCACGGUCUUAUAGUGGAUGUUUCAGUAACGGGUUUCGUUUUCACACUCACUCAUAUGGAAAAACAAAAAGUGUUGCAAAUUGGGGCAUUUUAGCUAAAGGUGAUCAAGUCGAUUACUAUGGAAAAAUUGAUGACAUAGUUGAGUUGACUUAUCUUGGAAAAGAACGCAAUUACUCAAUCACUCUUUUCAAAGGCACUUGGUUUGAUCCUACCUACGGUGUUCGUUAUAAUAAAGCAUCUGGAGUAACUGAUGUAAAGUGGAACUCUCGUCUCAAUCCACCUGACGAGCCUUUCCUCUUAGCAAGCCUUGCACAACAGGUGUUUUACCUCGAGUACCCCCAUAGCUCGCUUCGCUCUUGGCGCGCUGUUAUCAUAACAAAACCAAGAUUUCGCAUCGACUGUGAUGUCAUAAACACAAAUGGGGAUGACACUUCAAUCGAGCCUCUUGAAGAUGAGCCAUUCCAAGAGGGAUCAAUUCGAGAACCUAUCAUUAUUAACGAUAAUGACGAGAACACUGAUGUUAAUAGAGAACUUAAUAUUCCAAGUGUGACUAUGACUUCUAGGAUGAUUAGCGAGGAACAAUGCAAAGAUCAAAGAAUGUUACCAGAUGAUAAUGCAGAAGAUGAUCUCCUUUUGUCAACAGACGAAGAUCGACCGUUGGGUCUGAACGGUCGCCCGUUCCGCUGGAAAAUGCAGGAAAUUGAAGGUUCACUAUUCAUCAUCUUCAACCUCUAGCCCAUUUUUCUCAAGUUCUAUUUUUGGUCGCCAAACUUCAAUUAAACUAUAUAGAAAUGUUCUCCAAGGUUCGUAGAUCAUUUUAGAGGCAUCAAUUCGAAGUUUUAACAUCAAAUUCAAGGUUUAUGAUUCUUGGUUCUUCACAUAUGUCAAACACAAAACUCAACCAAACGACCAUUUAUGAGCGUAGAAACGAUCUAUACGAACAUUCUAGUCACUAGAUAUAUCUACGNAUUUUUGGUCACCAAACUUCAAUUAAACUAUAUAGAAAUGUUCUCCAAGGUUCGUAGAUCAUUUUAGAGGCAUCAAUUCGAAGUUUUAACAUCAAAUUCAAGGUUUAUGAUUCUUGGUUCUUCACAUAUGUCAAACACAAAACUCAACCAAACGACCAUUUAUGAGCGUAGAAACGAUCUAUACGAACAUUCUAGUCACUAGAUAUAUCUACGGGCUUACUUCGAAGU